AUGGAUGCUAAUGAAUAUCUAAUUAUAACUGAGUAUAUUUGUCCCCAACUAGUUGGUGAUGGCGAUCGCGAUAAAUUGUUCCUCAUUGCCUUUGCUGUGAUUGCAGCUGUCGCUGCUGACGUCAGCCAUUUGCCCUCCAACGAAUACUUGCCACCCCAGCAAGUUUCUGUGGCCCCUGUUGCCCCUGUAGCCCCUCAGCCCAGCAACGAAUACUUGCCCCCUGUUCAACAACAACAACAAGAGGUCCCAGUUGUUGAAGCCGCCCCCGCUCACGAAUUGGCCGAUGAUGGUUACCGUUACAAGACCCACCGUCGUGUUGUCUACCGUCGUCAUCGUCGUGAUGUCAGCCACUUGCCUUCCAACGAAUACUUGCCUCCUGUCCAACAAGAAGCCGCCCCUGUCUACGAACCUGCCCCCGUAGAACAAGUGUCUGUUGUUGCCCAAGAAGCUGCCCCCGCCCAUGAAUUGGCCGAUGAUGGUUACCGUUACAAGACCCACCGUCGCGUUGUCUAUCGUCGCAACCGUCGUGAUGUCAGCCACUUGCCCUCCAACGAAUACUUGCCCCCUGUCCAACAAGAAGCCGCCCCUGUCUACGAACCAGCCCCCGUAGAACAAGUUUCUGUUGUUGCCCAAGAAGCUGCCCCCGCCCAUGAAUUGGCCGAUGAUGGUUACCGUUACAAGACUCACCGUCGUGUUGUCUACCGUCGCAACCGUCGUGAUGUCAGCCACUUGCCCUCCAACGAAUACUUGCCUCCCCAACAAGAAGCCGCCCCCGUUGCCGCUCCCACCAACGAAUACUUGCCCCCUGUCCAAGCUGAUGCUGAACCCGCUCAUGAAGUAGCUGCCGAUGGUUACCGUUACAAGACCCACCGUCGUGUUGUCUACCGUCGUCAUCGUCGUGAUGUCAGCCACUUGCCUUCCAACGAAUACUUGCCUCCUGUCCAACAAGAAGCCGCCCCUGUCUACGAACCUGCCCCCGUAGAACAAGUGUCUGUUGUUGCCCAAGAAGCUGCCGCCCAUGAAUUGGCCGAUGAUGGUUACCGUUACAAGACCCACCGUCGCGUUGUCUAUCGUCGCAACCGUCGUGAUGUCAGCCACUUGCCCUCCAACGAAUACUUGCCCCCUGUCCAACAAGAAGCCGCCCCUGUCUACGAACCUGCCCCCGUAGAACAAGUGUCUGUUGUUGCCCAAGAAGCUGCCCCCGCCCAUGAAUUGGCCGAUGAUGGUUACCGUUACAAGACCCACCGUCGUGUGGUCUACCGCCGCAACCGUCGUGAUGUCAGCCACUUGCCCUCCAACGAAUACUUGCCUCCCCAACAAGAAGCCGCCCCCGUUGCUGCUCCCACCAACGAAUACUUGCCCCCCGUUCAAGCUGAUGCUGAACCCGCUCAUGAAGUAGCUGCCGAUGGUUACCGUUACAAGACCCACCGUCGCGUUGUCUACCGCCGCAACCGUCGUGAUGUCAGCCACUUGCCCUCCAACGAAUACUUGCCCCCUGUCCAACAACAAGAAACCGCCCCCGUCUACGAACCAGCCCCCGUUGAACAGGUUGCUGCUGUUGCCCAAGAAGCUGCCCCCGCCCAUGAAUUGGCCGAUGAUGGUUACCGCUACAAGACCCACCGUCGCGUUGUCUACCGUCGCCACUAAAGAGAUGUCAGCCAUUUGAGCAGCGAAUACUUGCCACCUCAUGAAGGUCAUGCCUCAGCUCCUGUAGCUUCCUAUAGUGCUCCUGCUGUUUCCGCGUCAUACUCGGCUCCAGCUGCUUCGUAUUCUGCCCCCGCUGCUUCGUACUCUGCACCAGCUGUUGCUUCUUACUCUGCUCCAGCUGCUGCCGCUUCCUACUCCGCCCCAGCAGUCGCCUCCUACUCCGCCCCAGCAGUCGCCUCCUACUCCGCCCCAGCAGCCACCUCCUACUCUGCCCCAGCUGUCACCUCCUACUCGGCCCCUGCCGCAACCUACAGUGAAUCUUAUGACACCGGUGCUUCUGCUCCUGCCCACACCUUCUCCUCCGCCGAAGGUUACAAAUACAAGACCAACCGUCGUCGCGUCUAUCGUCGCCGUCAUCGCCGUGAUGUAAGCACCGAAUACUUGCCACCCUUCCAAGGUGCUGGUUCUGCUCCAUCCAGUGAAUACUUGCCACCAGCUGCUUCUGCUCCAGCUCCAUCUUUCGCUGCUGCUCCAGCUGCUUCAUACUCUGCCCCAGCUGCUACCUAUUCCGAAUCUUAUGACACUGGUGCUUCGGCUCCAGCUCACUCCUUCUCAUCGGCCGAUGGUUAUCGUUACAAGACCAACCGUCGUCGUGUCAUUCGUCGUCAUCGUCGUUUCAAACUUUUUGUUGCCCUCUUCGCCUUGGUAGCUGUGGCUACAGCCGAUGUCAGCCACCUCAGCAGCUCAUACUUGCCACCCCAUGAAUCUCACGCUUCGGCACCAGCUCCAUCCUACUCGGCUCCAGCUGUUGCUGCCUCAGCUCCUGUAGCUUCGUACUCGGCACCUGCUGCUACUUACUCAGCUCAAGCUUCAUACUCUGCCCCAGCUGCUCCUGCUGCUUCUUACUCAGUCCAAGCCUCGGCUCCAGCUGCUUCUUACUCUGCCCCAGCUGCCGUUGUUUCCUACUCUGCUCCAGCAGCCGCUUCCUACUCUGCUCCAGCUGCCGCUUCCUACUCUGCUCCUGCUGCUGCCGCUUCCUACUCUGCUCCAGCAGCCGCAGCUCCCGCUGCUUCUUACUCUGAAUCCUAUGAAACUGGUGCCUCUGAGCCUGCCCACACCUUCUCCUCGUCUGAAGGUUACAAAUACAAGACCAACCGUCGUGUUGUCUACCGUCGCCGUCAUCGUCGUGAUGUCAGUGCUGAAUACUUGCCUCCCGUUCAAGGUGCUGCUUCUGCCCCAGUUGGUGAAUACGCUUACUCUGCCCCAGCUGCUUCCGCUCCAGUUGCUUCAUACUCUGCUCCAGCUGCUUCCUACUCUGCUCCAGCUGCUGCCGCUUCCUACUCUGCCCCAGCUGCCGCUUCUUACUCUGCCCCAGCUGCUUCCUACUCUGCCCCAGCUGCUUCUUACUCUGAAUCCUAUGAAACUGGUGCCUCUGAGCCUGCCCACACCUUCUCCUCGGCUGAAGGUUACAAAUACAAGACCAACCGUCGUCGUGUCAUCCGUCGUCACCGCCGUUUCUAGACUGUGAGACUAUUUAAAAU